AUGCUGAUGGAUUUCCUUCUAAUUGGUCUAUAUUUCAAGUGGACACUAAGAAAGCCCCCAGGGUUGAUACUGUGUUCACUGGGCAUUUUUCUGAGAACGGUUCCAUUGGCAGAGGGGGUUUGUCCAAGGUUGUGCCGCUGCGACAGCAAGCUGCUGUAUUGCGAGGGGCUCAACCUCACAGACAUCCCUCGCAACCUAAGCAGCGCCAUGGGCCUGUCUAUGAGAGAGAACAACUUGACGGAGUUGCGUGAAGGCCAUUUUGUAGGCCUAUCACAACUCACCUGGCUCUACUUAGAUCAUAACAAUAUUGACAUAGUAGAGGAAGGAGCCUUUGACAGGCUAAGGCGUGUCAAGGAGUUGGACCUCAGCAGCAACCAUAUUGAGAGUUUGCCCAAUGGUACCUUCAAGCCCCUCCCAAACUUGCGUAUCCUGGACCUAUCCUACAACAGGCUGCAGGCAUUAGAGCCUGACUUGUUCCAUGGCCUUAGAAAGCUCACCAAUUUACAUUUGCGCUACAACACUCUCAAAUUUGUGCCAGUGAGGAUCUUUCAGGACUGCCGGAGCAUGCAGUUUCUGGACCUCGGGUACAACCAACUGCAGAGCCUGGCACGAAACUCCUUUGCUGGACUUUUCAAGCUGACAGAGCUGCAUCUGGAGCACAAUGAACUGGUUAAAGUGAAUCUGGCCCAUUUCCCCCGCCUCAUCUCCCUGCGUACAUUGUAUAUGCACAACAAUCAUGCCACAAUUGUAGUGAAUACCUUGGACUGGACCUGGCAUUUUUUGGAGAAGAUUGACCUCUCAGCCAAUGAAAUUGAGUACAUUGAGCCACAUGUGUUUGAGAGUGCACCCAACCUUAAGGUGCUGAUGCUAGACUCUAAUCGGCUAACUGCCUUGGACCAACGCAUCAUGGACUCAUGGUCAUCCCUGGAUAGCAUCACCCUGGCAGGGAAUGAGUGGGAGUGCAGCCGCAAUGUGUGUGCCUUGGCCUCCUGGCUCAGCGCCUUUCGAGGCCAGCGUGACAGUUCACUACUGUGCUCAAGUCCAGACAUUGCACAAGGUGAGGAUGUGUUGGAUGCUGUCUACGCUUUUCAACUAUGUGAAGAUCCCCCAAUGGAGGUAACUACGGCAGGCCUGUAUGCCUCCACCAGGGACCGGGCUCAGGGUGGCUCUGUAUUCCUGGGCCCAUUUACACCCAAUCCCUACGAGGGUGAGGGCGGAGAGGUGGUCACUGGCUCAUUCACGGUCACCAUGGGCCACGAUGACCUGGAGAGCACCAUGCAGAUUCACAAGGUGGUGACUGGCACCAUGGCACUCAUCUUCUCCUUUCUAAUUGUAGUUCUCAUGCUCUAUGUUGCCUGGAAGUGUUUUCCGGCCGGAAUAAGGCAACUGAGGCAGUGCUUCAGCAGCCAGCGUCGCAAGCAAAAGCAGAAGCAAAGCAUGCAGCAGAUGGCUGCUAUUUCUGCACCAGAAUACUAUGUUGACUAUAAACCUAACCACAUCGAAGGAGCCUUGGUAAUCAUCAAUGAAUAUGGCUCCUGCACUUGUCAACAGCAACCUUCUCGAGAAUGUGAGGUGUGA